GUCAGCACGGCUAACUUUUCCGUGUCUUCCUUAAUAAAAGUCUCUAGGCUUUCUCUAACAUUGGAGCCUUGAUGUUUUCAUCUUCACUUUAGUAUUAACUUAAUAUCUAUUGUACAUAAUAAGAUUCAGGAAAACUUCGAAUUCCGCUUGUCGCCUCAUUAUGGUCCUUCUUUUGACAUCAUGGAGAGUCGCCGCCACGAUAUUAUCAUGUAUUUCCGCAGUGAAGGCGAUUGAAUUUCCAGCGACUUUAGACGUAGACCUUAUUUAUCCGCGCAACGGUACAUUUGCGCCUACCGUACUUACACCUAUCGUCUUCGCGAUCCGGAACCCGCAGCUUGCCAAGCCCCUUGAUCUAAGCUUCCAAUGGGAUAUCUAUAAGGAAGACGAACCCGUUUCCGAUGGCCCAUUUUCUUCUGGGAAUAAAGAUCUACAAUGGGUCGAUUUCUCUAACAUCAGCGACCCUUAUUUCGUAUUUACGUACACUAAGAAGCUUAACGUCGAGGAUUCCUGGUGGAUACGGUGGGAGGUGGCCUGGAGAAACUGCUCCGAGACCCCUAGCACACUAUACCCCGUUGAAAUCAGCUUUAGCCACCGAAACAAUGUUGUCGAAUUCACUACCAAGAAUGGCACAAAACAGCUCGACCUCGCCAGUGUUAAUACACCUGACGAUGAAACUUGCGGCAACGUCACCGACACGCGCGUUACCUUGAACGUGACGGGCAGUUUGGAUACUCCUCAUCCAUACAAAUACGACGGCCGAGAGACGUGCGCCAUCCUUGCGCCGCCGUCUAAUGUGACGGCCCCGCCCCCCACAAGGACUUGCGGGGUCGAAGUAGGUGCUUCGGCCGCGUCUAGUAUCUCGGCCGCUAUCACUUCUCAGGCAUGUACCGGUUUUGCUACCGAUCCGAAUGUGGCCUGCCCGACCGAGAGUCCGAGUAGCGCCAUGAAAAGUAAAGAUGUGCAAUUUCUGGAGGGGAUAGCGACUUGGUUGGAGAUGUUGGUGUUUACUGGUGUCACGUAUAUCCAUAUAGUGUGACGCGGUCGCCCUUAGGUAUUAAUGACUACCUAGGUAGGGUUAUAUUAUCAUUUAGCUUAUAAUCUAAUGUCAAUUCUAAUUUUACGGUUAAGCCUCCAUCUUAACUCUUGUGUAAUACU